GUCACUUGUAAAGAAGACUCCUACUUUGGAACUGGCUACAAGAAUCAGGCUAAACCAAUGGAAGACGAUAACAUGCCAUCGGCUGGGUUCGCGCCUCUCUUCAUUAAAGAAGAGGAUGCAGAUCCGGACCGAACUCUCAUGGAACAAAGCGAGAACACGGCAGAAUCUGCACUUAACUUCAUAAGUUCACAGCGGAAUCAGUCCGCUUUAAUUAAGCCAUACUUACAAGAGAUGGAUGAUUUACUGAAAAGCUGCGAGGAGCUCACCGGCAUCCCUUUUGGCUCUCACUUCUCAGCGAGUUACAAUGAAACUAGCCUGACUGAAUCGAGUCAUAGCCACAGCAAAGAGGAAGUCACAAUGGAGAGCUGUGGAGAAACGAGUCAUUCUCCACAAGCGUAUCUUUCCACAGGCUACAUCGACACACACAUGGACGGAGCUGGAUCAGAACACCAAACGGCACAAGUCCAGUCCCAAGGCUCGGGCACCAGCGUUAAAAGGUGUGGAGUCACCACAGAAGCUUUUCGCCAAAAUGAAAUGCCCCUCACUUCAGCGGGAACCAAGCUGAGUGAAACCAUGGUGGAGUAUGAGGGUCAGCUGUUGGGGAUGCUGGCCAUGCUGGAGAACUGUAUGGAAGAGUCUGGGAUGGACUUUGAGCCCCAAGGCUGGGCUACAGAGUCAAGCCAAGAAUAUGUACAUAUUGGGAAGAAGCCGAAUCCUUUUAGGGGAACAACUCUGGUGCCCGUUCAGCACGAGAGGGCAACGAAGAUGGAGACCCAGUCGAUGCAGUCAGAAUGCUGGGAUGGUCAAGAUGCAGGGGGAGAUAGAGUUACCAAAGAAAGUAGAAAUGAGGAAACAGUGGGUUCAGUGACAAAUGGACGCCAACAGAAUCAAGCGCUUCGCUGUGACAACUUGGGCAGCUUCUCAAUGGAAACACUGGAAUGCCAAGACCAGGGGGUUCUUGAUUGUCAGUUCAGGUUUUCAGGGCAAUCAGGUAGAACAGAAAGUGGUUCAAUGUAUUGUGAGGCUACAAGGACAAGACAUAUGUCUACUGAUGACGAAACAUACGUGAAAAAUAAUGUAACUGGGAUAGAAGUAGACACCACCGAAUCAGCAGCAGAAGAGAGACAGGAGCUCAAGAUGGACACCUUAGAUCUGGGAUCUGGCUUGAGUGAACUAGCAGCAGUAGGGUCCCAGAUGGAGGAGUGCAUAGAGGAGGUGCAGCGGUUACAGGUGAGGAGGAAGGAACUGCUGAUGGAGGUGCUGGAGUUGAGAGGGAAUAAAGACGAGGGGAGCAAUGAAGAGGAGACAGGAGAGCAGAUUGAUAGAAAAGUGGCAGAGCUGAUUAACGCACUGAAGAAGGAGGAAGAGGGAAGAAGAGAGGAGAGGAAGAAGGAGAUCCAGAGUCUCAGGGAGGAGCGGGCAGACGAGGAGAGGAUGCUGUGGAAGGCGAACCUGGAGAGGCAGGGGCUGUACGAGGAGCUCAGGAAGCUGAAGAGGAGGCUGUUUGCCAUGGCCAGGGACUGCGCUCACAACCAGGCGGCCCUGAACAGCCAGCAGCGUGAGGUGGAGCUGCUGAAGAGAGAGGAGGAGAAGCUGCAGUCACUGGUGCACCAGCUGACAGAAGAGGGCUCCCAGCUCAGAGCAGCUCAACAACAACAGGUGCUGGACCUAAAAGCAGCACUUCAUGCCCAGAGCGCCAGUAAGACCUCCAACACCCAGGAGGAGUUGACCGAGUGCAGGAGGCAUUCCUGCGGGGACGUCCAGCAGUAUCUGCAGGAUGGGCUGAAAGCCCUGGAGGACAGGUAUGAACCCAUGUUGCUCACAUUGCUGAAGAGAAGGGAGGCAACAGCCGCAGCUCUAGUAAAGGCCAAAGAGCAGGCCCAGGAGCUGAAGGCCCAGCUGAGACCCUUAAAGGAGGAGAUCCAGAAGCUGAACCUCCAGAGGGCUUGCUUGGAGGAGAAACUCAAAUUAAUUUACAUCCAGAGAAGAGAGGAUGUGGGGCAGUACAAGGAGACAGUGUAUUUCCUGGAGGACAGCAGCAGAGAGCUGAAGACUGAGUUAAAGAUUCAGAAGAGAAAAACCAAAGAGAUCGAGGAGCUGAGAGACAGCCUAACCAAACAACUCCUCCUGUACAGGGCUGCCAUUAAGGACCAUAACAAGUGUGACGCUGAGGAGAAAACAUGACCGCAUGUUCUUGAUUAAAAAAAGAAAACUGAGGCGUGAUUUGAUAAAACAAAACUUAUUUUUUAUCUGCAACAUAGUGAAUUUCAAGAUUGUAUUAAUGCACUUUACACACACGUUGAAACAUGCUGUUGUUAACCCUUUGAUGCACAACAUAUUGACCCCCCUUCUAAUGCACAACAUGGGUCAAAAAUGACCCCCAUUCAUUUAUCAUGUUAUUUAAUGCUGCUGUGUGUUUCUGUGCUCUAUCUUUUUACAUCAACUUAUUUUAUGAUUGAAUAUUCCAAGUAUUCUUUAAAUAUCUUGUUUUUGAUAACAACAGAUCAUUAUUUACAUUUUGCCUCUCAUACUUUAUGAAGAAAAAAAGUUUUUGUUCUAUCACAUAGCUAUCUA